GGGUCCGGGUCCCGGGCGCGGAUCGGUGCCUGGCGGUGUCGGCUCUGGCAUUUUUGCGCAACUGGAUGCUGCUCCUUCCUCCUCCGGCGGCGGCGGCGCCGGAUCUGGCCGCCGCCAGGAAUGACGCGGGUGCCCCCACGGCCCCGGCUUCGGGUGGGGAGGGCGAGCCCCCGCGCCAGCCCCGCGACGCCCUCCUGGGCUGCACCGAUAAGGAGCGCAAGGCAGGAACCGCGGACGCCCAGAGCGGCGCUGGAACGGCGCGGAGAGACCUCCGGCGACCGGAGCCGCGGGGCCGGGCCAUGGACUCAGCCGGCGCCCCCCGGGGCCUGCUGCCCAGGCCCUGCCGCGUGCUGGUGCUGCUGAACCCGCGCGGAGGCAAGGGCAAGGCCCUGCAGCUCUUCCAGAGCCUCGUGGAGCCCCUGCUGGCCGAGGCCCAGGUCAUCUACCAGCUGCAGCUCACCGAGCGGCGGAACCACGCGCGGGAGCUGGUGCAAGCGGAGGACCUGAGCCGCUGGGACGCCCUGGCUGUCAUGUCCGGGGACGGCCUGAUGCACGAAGUGUUGAACGGGCUCAUGGACCGGCCUGACUGGGAGACGGCCAUCCGCAAGCCCCUGUGUACCCUUCCUGGAGGCUCUGCCAACGCCCUGGCGGCUUCUAUCAAUCACUAUGCUGGCUUCGAGCAGGUGACAAACGAAGAUCUCCUGACCAACUGCACGCAGCUGCUGUGCAGCAGGCUUCUGUCCCCCAUGAACCUGCUCUCGCUGCACACCGCCUCCGGGCUGCACCUCUACUCGGUGCUCAGCCUGGCAUGGGGCUUCGUGGCUGACGUGGACCUGGAGAGUGAGAAGUACCGGCGCCUUGGGGAGUUGCGAUUCACCAUGGGUACUAUUUUGCGCCUGGCAACCCUUCGCAUCUACCAGGGCCAACUGGCUUACCUUCCAGUAGAAAGCGCUGUCUCCGCGUUACCCGCCGCCUCCAAGCAGGUGCAGCAGCAAGGUCCUGGAGACACACACCUUGUUCCCCUGGAGGAGCCGGUGCCCUCCCACUGGACGGUGGUGCCUGAGCAGGACUUUGUGCUGGUGUUGCUGCUGCUGCACAGCCACCUGGGCAGCGAGUUGUUCACGGCACCCAUGGGCCGCUGCGCCGCUGGUGUCAUGCACCUGUUCUAUGUGCGGGCAGGCGUGUCGAGGACCAUGCUGCUGCGUCUCUUCCUGGCCAUGCAGAAGGGCAAGCAUAUGGAGUAUAACUGCCCCUACUUGGUGCACGUCCCCGUGGUGGCCUUCCGCCUAGAGCCCAAGAAUCAUAGCGGUGUGUUUACUGUGGACGGGGAGCUGAUGGCCAGUGAGCCUGUGCAGGGCCAGGUGCACCCGGACUACUUCUGGAUGGUCAGCGGUUGUGGGGAUCCCCAGCAGAGACCAUCCCCAAAACAGCCUUUGUGACUUAGGGGUCCCACCAUGCCUAUGUUAGCCGCAGCUAGUCUGAGACUGGGGUCCUAUCCCCUGCCCUGGGAAAGCAGGGCCUGUCUACAGUUCCUGUGGAGGGUAGGGGUAGGGACCUCCUUGCUGGCUGGGCCAGUUGCCUGUGGAGCCCCCCCCCUCAACUCCCAUAUCAGAUAUAAAUAAAAUUAA